GAAUGCCGCCUUUUAGCACUGGAGUCACGGGUCGUCACCGAGCACGUUGCCGCUGACUCGCUUGCUCCUUCCUCAUCUGCCGACUAAAGAUGGCUAGUGCCAAUGAGACCGAAGAGGCCCACGGCUCCGCCCCCCAUGCAGCAUCCACUUAUGCCAAACUGCUGCUCCUGGGCCUCAUCAUCUGUGUGAGCCUAGCAGGGAACCUGUCUCUCUCACUCCUGGUGUUGAAAGAGCGUGGCCUCCACAAGGCCCCCUAUUACUUCCUGUUGGACCUGUGCCUGGCUGAUGUCAUCCGCUCAGCCGUCUGCUUUCCUUUCGUCCUUGUCUCCAUACGCCAUGGCUCGGCCUGGACCUACAGUGUGCUGAGCUGCAAGAUUGUGGCCUUCAUGGCUGUCCUUUUCUGUUUCCAUGCUGCCUUCCUCCUCUUUUGCAUCAGCGUCACCCGCUACAUGGCUGUGGCCCACCACCGCUUCUAUGCCAAACGCAUGACCUUCUGGACAUGCAUAGCCGUCAUCUGCAUGGUGUGGACUUUGUCGGUGGCCAUGGCCUUCCCACCAGUCUUUGAUGUCGGGACCUACAAGUUCAUCCGGGAGGAGGACCAGUGCAUCUUUGAGCACCGCUACUUCAAAGCCAAUGAUACUCUGGGUUUCAUGCUCAUGCUAGCUGUGCUGAUCUUCGCCACCCAUGUGGUUUACAUCAAGCUCCUUCUCUUUGAGUAUCGCCAUCGGAAGAUGAAGCCUGUACAGAUGGUCCCAGCCAUAAGCCAAAACUGGACGUUCCAUGGGCCUGGAGCCACAGGUCAAGCUGCGGCCAACUGGAUUGCUGGCUUUGGCCGUGGCCCCAUGCCUCCCACUCUGUUGGGCAUCCGGCAGAAUGCCCAUGCUGCCAACCGACGCUUGCUUGGCAUGGAAGAAUUCAAGGCUGAGAAGAGGCUAGGCAGGAUGUUCUAUGUCAUCACUUUGCUCUUCUUGGUUCUCUGGUCACCCUACAUUGUGGCCUGCUACUGGAGGGUAUUUGUCAAAGCCUGUAGCAUCCCCCACCGCUACCUCUCCACAGCUGUUUGGAUGAGCUUCGCCCAAGCUGCUGUCAACCCCAUAGUUUGCUUUCUACUCAACAAAGACCUCAAGAAGGGCUUGAUCGCCCACAUCCCAUGCUGGAGGACAGAGCCUGAACUACCCAGAGAGCCUUACUGUGUGAUGUGAGGAGUGCAGGAAGGCAUCCACCUGUGCCAAACUCAGUUUGAUAUUUUUCUUCCCUUUCUGUCUUUUUUUUUUUUCCUUUUUCUUUUUUACACUUCACACGAGAUGCCAAAUGAUGGGUCGUUUUUCUUCCCCUGCAACUUUGGUCAUGGUUCCCCAGAGUACUUGGUGUUACAAAUGGACUCUGAUCUCUCAGUCAUCCUAGAGCAAAUAUCUCAGAUCACCCAUUAACUACAAUGAGACCAGAGCUGGAUUCUGGUCUCAGCUCCCCUGAGGUAAAUCUUAGAGCCAUAUGACAACAGCAACUGAUCGACAGUAAUAUUCCAGCCAGUUUUUCAAAAAGGAUGCAAAACAUCCUGAUUUUUUUAAAAUUGAAUUUUCCAGUUUUUAUAGUCCCCAAGCUCUAUCAAAUUGUUUAAGUCAGACACCAUUCGGGAUCUUGACGGAGUCAACACUCCUCGCAUCUUAAUAUCCAUUAUUUCUUUUAUCUGGGUGUUCUGUAGGUAGGAGUGGCAGCACAGACAUGUGGGGGGGACCAGAAUCAGAUUUUGGGGAGUAGCUCUUCCAGAGAGAAGCCAGAGCCAUCUUACUUUCUGAAACAGAGCUAGCAGUGUGUUUGCAUUCAGCAGGCUAAAUUGGUUUUGGUUUUGCAAGAUGGUAAUGGAAGCAGAGUUAUGGUGAUGGAACCUGUUUUUAUGCAAGAUUAAUUCUCUGAUCUAGUCAGGCCACCACUGAAAUCCAUUCCACAUGGUCUCAGAAUUUAGGGGGGGGGGGAGAGAGCGUUACUGGAGUAGGACGGGUGGAAAGAGGACGGAGGAAAGGAGCAACAGACACAUCUGUUCGAGGGAAUGCCAUGGAGCCAGCAGUGACUUAGCUCUUUGUCAGUCAGAAGCUGUAACCAAGGAGCCUUGGAAGCCCCACCUCAGUUGCCAUGGCAGCAACCAAUCCAAGGCCCUGUAGCCCAUGUCACCCUUGGAACAAUGCAAGCAGGAGGAUACAUACAGGAUGGGAUGUGGGGGAGGAGAAGCCCAACAAGAAAUCCUAAUGUGUUCCCUGAAGAGUGGGAGAAGACAGAGACAUCAAUGGGCAAGGCAGACCGUGGAGAGCAUCUAAGGCUGCAGAAAGGGAAAGGUGGUUGAGUCAAGGGACAUGAGGACAGAACUGCCACCUUCAAUGUUUCUGAGCAAGUACAGAGUGUAUUCCAGGAGUGGAACAAACCUGAAGGAUAUUGUCAAAUACUUCCUGGAUUUAAACUUCCCGAUUAAGCAGAUUGCCUUUCUUCCUAUGAUGAACAGUAUUUUAAAAAGGAACAACAGAAGCCUUUGUGAUGAGCAAAUUGUCUCCUCCUCUAAAGGAAUACAGUUGUGUAGCAUACCGAGUAUAAAUAUAAUAUGGUAAC